GCCCUUCUCCAGUUUUGAAUCGUUUCCUCCAGCACUGCCUUGUUUUCGAAACGAUUUGCACGCAGAUUGCCGGAGGAGGAUGCGAGAGGAAGCCCGGGCCAGGCGAGGAGCCGGCCUGCCAAGCACAUCUGGAAGUGGUUUCAGGGGCCGCCUCACCCGGCAGCCAGCGCAACACCCCGAUUCCCAGCUGCUUCGCGCGGGGGUGGAAGAAACCCGAGCCGCUCCAAAGUCAACGCAAGCAAAGGGGGGGUGUUGGGGGCAGGGGCAGGCAUCCUCUCUUGGAAACGUAAUAUUGGCCUCGGGGCUCUCAGCGCUUUGGGCUUUCCAAUGGGAUGUUAGCAGCAGCUGAAGCAGCCCGGGGGCCAGCCGCGAGCGGAACGCUCUGCCCUGCAGCUCUUCUGGACCGAGGCGCCCGCAGCCUGCCCUCACCGUUCACCAGGUCACAGCUUUCGUCUGCGUGAACACACAUGGCUUUGUUACGAAAAAUCAAUCAGGUGUUGCUGUUCCUUCUGAUUGUGACCCUCUGUGGAAUUCUGUAUAAGAAAGUUCAUAAGGGGACUGUGCUCAGGAACGAAACAGACGAUGACUCUGAGGCUCCUGAGGAAAUGGAGGAUGAGAUUCCUGUGGUGAUUUGUGCUGCUGCAGGGAGAAUGGGUGCCGCCAUGGCUGCCAUCAAUAGCAUCUACAGCAACACCGACGCCAACAUUCUGUUCUAUGUCGUUGGACUCCGGAACACUCUGUCUCGAAUCCGAAAAUGGAUUGAACAUUCUAAACUAAGAGAAAUAAACUUUAAAAUCGUGGAAUUCAACCCGAUAGUCCUCAAGGGGAAGGUCAGACCGGACUCAUCAAGGCCAGAAUUGCUCCAGCCUCUGAACUUUGUCCGCUUUUAUCUCCCUCUGCUUAUCCAUCAACAUGAGAAAGUCAUCUAUUUGGACGAUGACGUAAUCGUACAAGGUGACAUCCAGGAACUCUAUGACACCACUUUGGCCCUGGGCCACGCGGCAGCUUUUUCGGAUGACUGCGAUUUGCCCUCCGCUCAGGACAUGAACAGAUUUGUGGGGCUGCAGAAUACAUACAUGGGCUAUCUGGACUAUAGGAAGAAGACCAUAAAAGACCUUGGCAUAAGCCCCAGCACGUGCUCUUUCAAUCCCGGCGUGAUUGUCGCCAACAUGACGGAAUGGAAGCAUCAACGUAUCACCAAACAACUGGAGAAAUGGAUGCAAAAAAAUGUGGAGGAAAAUCUCUACAGCAGCUCCCUGGGAGGAGGGGUGGCCACCUCCCCGAUGCUGAUCGUGUUUCAUGGGAAAUACUCCACCAUCAACCCCCUGUGGCACAUACGGCACCUGGGCUGGAAUCCAGAUACCAGAUAUUCGGAGCAUUUUCUGCAGGAAGCAAAAUUACUCCACUGGAAUGGAAGACAUAAACCCUGGGACUUCCCUAGUGUUCACAACGACUUAUGGGAAAGCUGGUUUGUUCCUGACCCCGCAGGGAUAUUUAAACUCAAUCACCACAGCAGCUGAUGUAACGACAUUUUAUAUAUUCCCUGUAUAAAAAUGUGGAAUUGUCCAUUUAUAGCCCUCCUAUAUCAUUGUUCUUUAUGAACAGUACCUUUGGUACAAAUGAUCCACAAUGUAAAACACAAAGACUACUGUGGGCAAAUAGUACCCUGGAUUACGUAGGUACUGAUUCCUUAAGUGUAAGUGGUAAUUAUGGAAAUCAAGAUGAUGUGAGUGAGAUAUAUUGUUGGAAGGAAAUAAACCCACCUAGGUUUCAGCAAUCAAUUUGCUUAACUCUCAAUGACAACCUGUACCCACAAGUUUUUAAAAUUUCUCAAUGUGUUUUUCACACAUAGGUAUUUUUUCACAGGUUGCCAGUCUUGUCUUUUGUAAAACAACAAACUACAUUUAAAACAUGAAUGUAUGUAAAAAUAAAAGAUAUGCAGAUUUUUAAAUGA